AACAAAGAAGGUUUUUUACAAAUAUUGUUUUGUGACUUGGGCGAAGGCAAUUAGUUGGGUAUUGGGCCAAAAUGUUGAAUCCAAAUUCAUUACAAAAUUUUUAAUGAAUGGGCUCUUCAAUUCAUUUCUACACAAAAAUGCUGAGAAAUCCCAAAACAAUCCCCAACGCUCUCGUGAAGCUCUUUCCAUGGUCCGGCCACCACCACUGUUCAUCUCUUCCACUUCCGGCCCCGACCCAACCACCGGAUGCCGUCAGUCUCUCCAAUCGCAUCCUCCGAGAAGACGCGAAGACCCUACCGUCAACCCUCAACGCCUUCACCCAAUGGACGCCAGAUCUCGUCCAAGCCGUCCUCAAGCGCCUCUGGAACCACGGCCCCAAGGCACUCCAAUUCUUCAACCACCUCGAUCGCCACCCGUCCUACGCCCACUCCGCCGCCGCAUUCGACCACGCUAUAGACAUCGCCGCCCGGAUGCGCGAUUACCGGACUCUCUGGAAGCUCGUGGCUCGGAUGCAGGCCCGGCGACUCGCCCCCGGACCGAAGACGUUCUCUAUCAUCACGGAAAGGUACGUUUCUGCUGGAAAAGCUGAUAAAGCCUUGAAGGUUUUCUUAUCAAUGCAUAAACAUGGCUGCCCCCACGAUUUGAGCUGUUUCAAUUCGUUUCUAGAUGUGCUCUGCAAGUCAAAGCGCCCCGAGAUGGCAUAUAGGCUCAUGAAGAUGCUUAGGGGUAAAUUCAAACCAGAUACUGUCACCUAUAACAUACUUGCAAAUGGGUUUUGCUUGAUCAAACAGACUCCAAAAGCACAAGACAUUUUGAAAGAAAUGAUUCAGAGAGGCUUGAAUCCAACCAUGACAACCUACAAUACAAUGCUCAAGGGGUUUCUUCGAGCAGGCCAGGUUAAGGAAGCUUGGGGAUUCUUCUUGCAAAUGAAGAAGAGGAAGUGUGAGAUUGAUGUUGUUACUUACACCACUAUGGUUCAUGGAUUUGGUGUUGCAGGGGAUGUCGAUAAAGCUCAGAAGGUAUUCAAUGAGAUGGUUGGGAAAGGUGGCGUACUCCCUUCGGUCGCAACUUACAAUGCUUUGAUUCAAGUGCUGUGCAAGAAGGAUUCCAUGGAGAAUGCUGUUUUGGCAUUUGAGGAGAUGUUGAGGAAAGGGUAUGUUCCGAAUACAAUGACUUAUAAUGCAGUGAUUAGGGGUUUGUGUCAUAGGGGAAGAACGGACGAGGCUUUUGGGUAUUUGGAUAGAAUGAGGAAAAGCGAUGAUGGAUGCGAACCCAAUGUUCAGACUUACAAUGUGAUUGUCCGGUAUUACUGCGACGAAGGAGAACUUGAGAAGGCUCUUGAGGUGUUUGAGAAGAUGAACUGUGGGGAAUAUUGUUUGCCUAAUUUGGAUACGUACAACGUAUUGAUCAGCUCUAUGUUUGUGAGGAAGAAAUCAGAUGAUUUGCUUGUGGCUGGCAGGUUGAUUGUGGAAAUGGUUGGGAGAGGGUUUUUGCCAAGACGGUUCACUUUCAACCGGGUUCUAAACGGGCUUUUGCUCACUGGCAAUCAAGACUUUGCCAGAGAGAUUUUAAGGCUGGUCGGCGAACAUGGACGCCUUCCUCGUCAUUUCAAGCUAUGAAUCUAGACCUGAUAAGAAUUGAUCUGGCCUGUUGUAGUUAUGAGAUCCGACCCAGUAAUACUGGGUUUUGAGUAAAGUAUUUGAAAAUUGAAUCUGAAGAUGACUGAACCCAAAAUAACCAGAUCAAAUGGAGGAUUCAAAUUUUACUAGGCAUGUUGUUGGUGUUAUUGAAAUAUAUUAUUGCAGUUAUG